AUGGAGUGGUCAAAGAAGCAAUACAACCAGCAGUACGAGAACUGGUAUCCCUGGAUCGAAGACAAUGUUCUCUACUACUUCACCAAGGACAACAAGGCCUCAUACGCUACCAAAGGUAUNGUUUACUCGCUCUGCGACUCAACAGACUAUCAUGCUAACCCAUGUUCCACAGAUCAGCUCAGCAAGACCAAGAUCACCGGCAACGAACAAGUCGACAACCUUCAGGACGGUGUGAACAACCUCGCAGCCGGCCAAGUCGGACAGGGUGGACUUCUACAACCCGUUGGUGACAAGCUCUCCAAGGAGGGCAUCAACCGCGCCGAGAGAGGAGGCAAGGACGAUAACGGUAGCUAUGCUGGCGCAAUGGGCUCCAGUGCUCAAGCUGGCGCCAGCAAGGUCAGCGAAGGCGCCAAGGGCGCAGGCAGCUACGUGGGAAGCUUCUUUGGCGGCAAAAGGAGGAGAAGAAGUGAUCAAAGGUCACUGAUGCUGUUCUAUCUCACGAAUAACAUGAUGGGGAUUUCCACGACUUUGUGUUUCGGUUUUCUGGGUUUGGCUUUCGGUAGCGGUCAACGGUAUAUCAUAAUAGCUUUGCAGAAACCUUGCUUUCUUCUUCGUGCCUCAGAUUUACAACACUUCAGCAUGCAUCUUGCCGUCCUCUCUGCAUGUCCAAGUCCGUCACACCUGAUGCACGAUACCUUACAGCGAGCGUAUCCGGACUCACGAUUCAGCACACUCUUAAACCACUUAGACCCCCACAAAGACCUUGCAAUUUCACAGCUCAUCUGUCGCGCUGCACUAUCGCGAUAG